UAUGUGUCCCUCGAAAGGCUGGUGAGUUUCCAUUUUCCCGUUUCACCACUUCGCGCUGAGUUUUGCGUUUUUUGCCAUGUUUAGGCCUCGCAUUCGUUCAUUUCCUUUUCGAAGCCAAAAUCUUCCUCCACAUCUACUACUGCUGCUGCUGCUACUACUACUCUCUCUCUCUCUCACGCAAAUCUGAAACUUGGGUUGUCUGAAAAAUUCUAUCUUUACGAGGUUUAAGUUGGAUUGACUGCGUAAAAGAGUGAAGUGAGAUUUUGGGGUUGCUUGGAGUUUACGUAAAAAAGUGGGAUUAAUUUGGAUUGGAGACCGUUUUGCUUUGAAUUUGAAUCCGCCCAAUCCAAUGAUCGACGAUUUCGAGCUCAGACGAUUCUCAUAAUUAAUGUGGUCUAAUGGAGCUUGACGUGUGUUGAGAAUGGAAACUGCAAAGAUAUGGAUUUUCGAGAAGAUAGUUCCAGGUCCGGGUCGUUACCAAUCGCUACUUCGAGGAAUAUGUCGUCAUCGUCUUCAACAUUCUUCUCGGCAAACCAGUCGCCCUUUUUCUCUCCGAGGUCUUCGACAUGUCAGAGAUCCAGCUCUAUAGGAUCGAAUGUUCUGCGCGGCAGAUUAAAGCACCAAACUUCUAGUACAGGAAUUUCGGACCCCGAAGUUCUUGAUGCAAAUAUCGCAUUUAUUUUGUCCAACUCAUCACAACCACCCGCUGCUGGAAUUUCUGGCGAGCCCCAUAAGUUCGACCAUGUAUCUAGUUCAACCACUUUGUCAAACAGCGCCGCAUCCGUCUUCAGCAAUGCCAAUGACAUAGUCUACUCUGGGCAGCGAGAGAAGCAGAGUAGGCAUGGGAGAAGCCAUGGAACUCCAUUAACUCCAAGUUCAGUCUCUCUCUCCACUAACAGAUUGAGGAGCUGUGAUGUCUUUAUAGGUCUGCAUGGUCGCAAGCCGUCAUUGCUCAGAUUUGCCAAUUGGCUCUGUGCCGAGUUAGAGUGUCAAGGAAUUAGCUGCUUUAUUACUGAUAGAUCUCGAUGUAGGAACUCUCGCAAGCAUGGCAUUGUCGAGAGGGCCAUGGAUGUGUCGACUUUUGGUGUCGUGAUCUUAACGAGGAAAUCCUUUAGGAACCCUUAUACCAUAGAGGAGCUGCGAUUUUUCUCGAGCAAGAAGAAUCUGGUCCCAGUAUUUUUUGACUUGAGUCCAGGUGAUUGCCUUGUCAGGGAUAUUGUCGAGAAGAGGGGAGAAUUGUGGGAGAAGCAUGGAGGAGAGCUAUGGGUUCUAUAUGGAGGUAUAGAGAAAGAGUGGAAAGAAGCUGUCGAUGGCCUCGCUAGGGCUCAUGAGUGGAAACUGGAAUGUCUUGAUGGUAACUGGAGAGAUUGCAUCAUAAGGGCCGUUACUUUACUAGCUACGAAGUUAGGAAGGAGAAGCGUCGCGGAGCGGUUGGCUAAGUGGAAAGAGAAGGCAGACAAAGAGGAGUUCCCAUUCCCUCGAAAUGAGAAUUUCAUUGGUAGGAACAAGGAAUUGUCUGAGCUUGAAUUCAUUCUUUUCGGAGACAUAAGUGGCGAUUCCGAAAGGGAAUAUUUUGACCUCAAGGCUAGACCUAGGCGAAAAAAUCUGACGAUUGGUUGGAAGAAGAGCAACCUUUUGGAGGAAAGAAGGAAGGAGCAUCAACUAGAUGAAGCCCGCUGGAAGGGAAAAGAACCAGUCGUGUGGAAGGAGUCAGAAAAGGAAAUCGAGAUGUACGGCUCAGACUUUUGCCCAAAGCAGUUCCAGCCAAAGCAAAAAUCGGGUGGAAGGUAUGUGAAAAGAAGGAGAUCUACGAAGAUUUUGUAUGGGAAAGGCAUUGCUUGUGUUUCAGGUGAAUCAGGCAUCGGAAAAACGGAGCUUCUUCUGGAAUUUGCUUAUAGAUACCAUCAGAAGUACAAGAUGGUUUUGUGGAUUGGAGGGGAGAGCAGGUAUAUCAGGCAGAAUUAUUUGAACCUGUGGUCGUAUCUAGAAGUCGAUGUUGGGAUUGAAAAUACUCUGGAGAAAAGCAGGAUCAAAAGCUUUGAAGAGCAUGAAGAUUCUGCUGUUUCUACGGUUCGGAGAGAACUCAUGAGGAAUAUACCAUUUUUAAUUGUGAUUGAUAACUUAGAAAAUGAAAAGGAUUGGUGGGAUCAUAAGCUUGUAAUGGAUCUACUUCCUCGAUUUAGAGGAGAAACUCACAUAAUCAUCUCGACACGCCUUCCUCGGGUCAUGAAUUUGGAACCGCUGAAACUCUCUUUCUUAUCAGGUGUUGAGGCACUGCAAUUAAUGCAGGGAGGUGUCAAUGAUCAUUCACUCACUGAAAUUGACGCCCUCAGAGUUAUCGAGGAGAAAGUGGGACGAUUGACCUUGGGUCUUGCUAUAGUGGGAUCUAUUUUGUCGGAGCUCCCCAUAAACCCUAGCAGGCUAUUGGACACCAUCAACAGAAUGCCCUUGAGAGAGUUGUCAUGGAGUGGAAGGGAACAGAAUUUGUUGAGGCGGAACACUUUCCUAUUGCAACUCCUUGAAGUAUGCUUCUCGAUAUUUGACCAUGCGAACGGACCAAGGAGCCUAACUACCAGAAUGUUUCAGGCAGGUGGUUGGUUUGCCCCAGCUGCAAUCCCAAUUUCCCUAUUAGCCCUAGCGGCUCAUAAGAUAACUGAAAAGCAUCAAGGUACUCGGCGGUUCAGAAAAAUAUUGGGCUCCUUGACUUGUUGCUGCUCUUCAUCAUACAUAAAGAGAUCGGAGGCGGAAGCUGCAUCGAUGCUGUUGAGGUUCAACAUUGCGAGAACUAGCAUCCGACAAGACUGCAUCCAUUUUAAUGAGCUCAUCAAGCUUUAUGCACGUAAGAGAGGAGUUGUAGGAAUUCCGCAGGUCGUGGUUCAGGCUAUAAUCAGUCGUGGUUUUGUAUACGAUUACUCUGAACAUUUGUGGGCAGCGUGUUUCUUGCUCUUGGGGUUUGGUACUGAUCCCGUAGUUGUGGAACUCAAGGUGUCUGAGUUGCUAUAUUUUGUCAAAGAAGUGGCUCUUCCUCUUGCGGUGCGAACAUUCAUCACAUUUUCGCGUUGUAGUGCCGCCAUAGAACUGCUGCGCCUCUGCACCGAUGCUCUUGAAGCUGCGGACCAAGCGUUUGUCACUCCAGUCAAUAGGUGGUUGGACAAAUCACUUUGCUGGAGACCUGUCCAGACUAAUGCUCAGCUCAACCCUUGCCUUUGGCAGGAGCUUGCCUUAUUAAGAGCGACGGUGCUGGAAACCAGAGCCAAGCUAAUGCUGAGAGGGGGACAUUUCGACAUAGCGGACGACCUCAUAAGGAAGGCCAUUUUCAUCAGGACUUCCAUCUAUGGUGAAGAUCAUCCAACAACUGUAUCAGCUCGUGAAACUCUGAGCAAAAUCACCAGGUUUCUUGCAACUAUGCAAAUCAAUUCUUCUCCAUAGCUUUUUACCUUUGAGGCAAGCAAAGGAAAAUCAGAAUAGAUUCAUAGAAGAGUAUCCAAUAAACCCGCUUCGAAAUUCCCCAGAGAAGUUUGUAUACCAUUGUCUUGUUAUUCAUAAGAUGACUGACAAGUUCUCUGAUUCGACCCACCUUAUCAUCUUAUGAUUCGCUGGCCUCAGUUUGACAGGAGGUUGUAUAGCUUUUGACAUAGAAAAUCGUUGUUAAAGUCUUAUACUAAUCUUCAAAUCUUUUUUCU